AUGGUCCUCGAGGAGGCGGUCGCCGAGGUGCUCCAAAAGACGCUCGGCGCCUACCUCGAGGGCGUCGACGCGGACAACCUCAAUCUCUCCGUCUGGUCGGGCGACGUGCGGCUGCGGUCCGUGCGGCUGAGGACGGAGGCGCUGGCGGCGCUGCCGGUGUGCGUGCUCCGCGGGACGGUCGGCGAGGUCCGCGUGGAGGUGCCGUGGCGCGCGCUCCGCUCCAAGCCCAUCAUCGUGCACGUCGAGCGGGUGCUGCUGCUCUGCGCGCCUCGCGACGGCGACGAGCCGUACGAAGAGGCGCUGGAGACGGCGGCGAAGCGGCAGGCGCGCGCCUCGCGGCUGGCGGUGCUCGAGGAGGUCAACGCGAAGCGCGGCGUCUUUGGCCGGAUGGGCGAGAGCAUGGGCCGAUCUCUCGUCGAGGGCCUGCUCAGGCGCGUCGUCGUGCGCAUCUCGGACGUGCACCUGCGGCUCGAGACGAAGGACCCACACCGCGGCCUGGUUGCGCUCGGCCUCACGCUGCGCUCGCUCCGCUUCGAGGCCGACAAGGAGGUGGCGGCCGCCGAGGGUUGCAAGCCCGACGGCGGCGGCUCUGCGCCCGUCUUCAAGCUGGGCUCGUGCGAGGGCCUCUCGCUCUACGUCUCGCCGGCGGCGAGGCCGGCGCUGCCGAGCGACGAGUCGCGCCGCUCCCUCGCGCCCGCGCCCGCGGACCCCGACUCCGCCAAGGCGCGCGACGGCGGAAGCGACGGGGACGACCGCGCGGACGAGGCUGACGAGGCGGCGCUCUACGACGGCCGCAUGUUCGCCCGGCUCGCGGCGCCGCCUGCGGGCGAG